AUGGAAAACAACUCCAAUGAAACUAGAAGCAUCAGCACCUUUAUUCUACUAGGAUUCCCCACUUCUCGUCCAGCUCAAAUUCUUCUCUUCUUGAUUUUCUUUCUAAUUUAUCUUUUAACCGUUGUGGAAAACCUGCUUAUCAUCAUUUUAAUCUGGAGUUAUUCCAAGUUACAUAAGCCAAUGUACUUUUUCCUUGGCCACCUUUCCUUCCUGGAAACAUGGUAUGUUACUGUUACUGUGCCCAAGUUACUUUCGAUAUUUGCAGUUGAAAGUCGAGAAAUUCUUGUAAGUUCUUGUAUGAUACAGCUAUACUUCUUUGUUGCCUUGGUGUGCACAGAAUGUGUUUUAUUGACUGCUAUGGCUUUUGAUCGAUAUGUAGCCAUCUGCAGACCCUUGCAUUAUGUCACCAUCAUGAAUUGGAAUGUAUGUUGCCUCCUGGCUCUAGGAUCGUGGUUCACUGGUUUUUUUAUAUCACUGAUUAAAGUUUAUUACAUUUCCAGAGUAACUUUUUGUCAUUCAAAUGUUAUAAAUCACUUCUUCUGUGAUAUCUCACCCAUACUGAAUCUUGCAUGUACAGACAUGAAGUUAGCUGAACUUGUUGACUUUGUACUCGCUUUACUGAUACUUUUGGUACCAUUGCUGCUAACAUGUGUGUCUUAUAGCUUCAUACUGAACUCUGUUCUUUCAAUUCCAACCUCCAGUGGGAGACAAAAGGCCUUUUCCACUUGUACAUCCCAUUUGGUUGUAGUUAUAAUAUUCUAUGCAGCCACCCUCUUUAUGUAUGCCAGGCCAAAUAGGGCCAGGUCUGUUGAUUUCAAUAAACUGGUGUCUGUCAUCUACACAGUAAUAACACCUUUACUCAACCCAAUGAUAUACUGUUUGAGGAAUAAGGAAGUUCAGCAAAUUUUACGCAAAAUGUUGUUUUCCAAAAAUUCAGAACCAUGA